AUGGGAUACCUAACACGAUGGCGCUCCAGACGCAAAGCACCCAUUGUAACUGAAAAUUACCAGGCUCCAGACCCGGACGAAACCAACCAGGCAGCACAGCCAGAGACUACCAUCUCCAGUCCUCCGGCCGUCCACGCAACGUGGUUUAAUGUACACGACCGUUCGGAUUUCCGGAAUAUCAGCAUCAGCUUACCGGCGUCCAUUGAUAAGAUCACAAUUGCCAUCGGCAAUCAUGUCAGAGAUGCGGCGUACAGCAUUGUCAGCAUGAGCGCAAGCGCAUACUCGAUCACGGUUGUUUGUUCGACCGAGAAGUCACGGGCCGAGGUCGCUGAGUUGGUGCAGAGGAUGAAGGAGGAACUGGGCCAGAAUGCGAUAAUCCCACCGGAGGAACUGGUCUUGCUGAGAGAAUGGGAGGAGAAAUGGGGCGUGGUGGGAGAAUUGUCUACUGUGGAGGAUGGUCUGGAUACGGAUGUUGAACAUGAUCGUCGAGUGUUGAGUACUUCACAAAGUUCGACACCGUUAUAA